UUGCCCUUUCUUCUGAAGGCACAGUAACUGGUGCUGCGUAAUGGCUCCUCACAUCUUUUGAAGCUGAUCCAUCUGAAGAGUCAAGGCAGGGUGUUUCCCUUGUCCCCCCUGUGGUCCUGUUGGUUGAUCAUCUGGGACUCCUCUAGCAGCGUAGCUCUGGAUGGAUUUGCUCUUGUGUAAAGCAAAAACUGGCAAGUGCUGCAUCAGAGCUUUUGAAUUUGGACAACUUCCAGUCCUGACAUCCAGAAAUUCAUCCCUAUGGGUGGCAAAGACAAAGAGGGUGGAUGCAAAGGAGGAAGCAUGGUAAAGGCAGCAUCUUUCCAGGAUUCAUGGGCUCUUUGAGAGAUGAUCAGAGGGAGGCCAGAUGAUCUGCACAACACACGCACCACUGUUUCUCAUCUGCAAAGGCAGCAUCGGAGUGUUCUCCCCAGCCCCGCGCCACCCGGCUUGCCCGAUCGUUUCCGGAUGUUUCGCAGCUGCGAGUGGGAAGUCCUGGAGCGAUCCCUCAAUAUCCUCCAGGCCAGUGACUUCUACUGGGGCCCCUUGUCUGUGGGGGAGGCUCACGCCAAGCUCCAGCAGGAGCCCGUAGGCACCUACUUGGUGCGGGACAGCUCACAGGGGAACUGCUUGUUCAGCCUGAGCGUGCGGAUGCCCACGGGGCCCGUCAGCCUUCGAAUCUCUUUCCAGGAGGGCUAUUUCCGCCUCAAGAACUGGUUUUCAGACUGCGUGGUCCGGCUGCUGGAACUGGUGGUGGCGGGGACCCGGAACAACCCCUUGCACUUUGAUGAGAUGGGGGGAACUCCCCUGGUCUUCUCUGAGCCCUUGUGCCGAAGCCGCCGGGCAGUGCCCACGCUGCGAGAAUUGUGCUGCCGGAGCCUCCCUGCUGGUGCCAUGACAGAGGACAGAGCAAGGCUGGGGGGCUCCCUGGGGAUGUGUCUGAGGGAAGAGCUGUUCUCACCCCUGGAUAGAAGGGGAGGGUCAGAGGGGAGCAUUGGCCCCAGCCCCUCUCUGUCCUGGGCUGGGAGAUGAUGCCAUGCAUAUGGGAGAUGAAGGGAGAUGCCUCUUUUAUGACUGUGCUGGUGGGAUGUGUGCCACACCAGUGAGGCUGGACUGGCUGCUGGGAGAGGAAGGGGGAGGGCAGAGGGAGCAGAGUGUGAACCCUGUGGCUGUGACAGAAGUGUCCUCCUACAUAUACAGUGAGUGUGACUUUCCCCAGACAUGCCUGGGGUAAAGCCAGAUCUGAAGAGCAGACAUUUCCACUGCCAGCAAGUCCUGCUCUUUGCUCCAUUUAUAACUUAAAAGCUUCAGAAAAAGGUGAGUUCCCUAUCCUCCCAGGUCAGCCCUGUGUUCUCUUCUACCCCAAAGUUCUUGAG